CAAACCAUAUGCUUCGAAUCCACGGCACAUUCUCUUUAGUUUUAUCGAGAGCAACAAAAUAUACGGUCGGCCGCACCAAAUACCGCGAUUUUAAAUGAGAGGCAACAGCGAGCCGAACGUCCUUCAGAUGAGUAAAAAUGUCAACAGAAGGAAGCGGAGAGACUCCUGCGGUUGUGCCGAGUUUACCGGGCGCACCAGAACACACUUAUCUUUUUCCGAAAUCAAAGGGUCACUCAAGAUCGGUAAGUCAUGGAGGAAUGCCUAUGUUGGGAAACGCCGCCAGCGCGCGACCAGCUCUCAAGUCCGCUAUGCGGGGACAUCAGCGUGCGCUGUCGCACGGCCAGAUCGGCGAGAACCCUCGUGCGGCCUCGGGGCCAGGCCACAGUCGCGCCGGUAGCCGAACGGACUUCAUACUGCCACCAGGCCACCGCGAGCCCAUUCCAGCGAGUGCACAACCUCGGCUCUCCUCAGUACGAGGGCACUCUCGGCAAGCGUCACGUUCUGACUCCAUUUACACCCUGCGACGCGCCUCUGUGAUUGCCCCAUGGCGUCGCGCUGUGUUCUGGCUGAUGCGCCGCCAGCAACCCGCCGUCGACAAUAGGCACCUGAUUGUCAUACCCAACCACCUCAUACCGGACAAAACGCCGCCCAAGGAUCACCCCAAUGGACAAAGAUGUAACAAUAAAGUCAGGACUACGAAGUAUACGCUGCUCUCAUUCUUACCCAAAAACCUUUUCGAACAGUUCCAUAGGAUUGCCAAUGUGUACUUUAUUUUUAUAGUGUUGUUAAACUGGGUGCCAUCAAUUAAUACUUUUGGCAAGGAAAUAGCAAUGCUACCUGUGUUGUUUGUGCUAGGAGUGACUGCCAUCAAAGACUUGUUUGAGGAUCGCCGGAGAUACAUGUCUGACAAGAGGAUUAACAAUUCUUUCUGCACAGUCUACAAAAAAUCAGUGGGAUACGUGCGAGUGAAAUGGAGAGAUGUGCGAGUGGGAGAUCUAGUCCACCUGUCCAACAACGAGGCUGUUCCAGCAGACAUGGUGCUGCUACACUCCUCGAACCCCCUGGGGAUCUGUUAUCUGGACACUUGCAAUCUGGAUGGCGAAACUAACUUAAAACAGAGAGUAGUAGCGCCUGGAUUUAGAGAUAAGCGAUUAGAAUUUUCACCGAUAAAGUUCAGAAGCUCUGUAGAAGUGGAGAGACCAUCAACGAAAAUAUAUAGGUUCACGGGUACGAUAUCCCACCCAAAUGGAUGUCGUGUACCGCUCAACUCAGAGAAUCUCUUACUACGGGAGUGUACGAUAAAGAACACUGAUUUUGUUGAAGGCAUUGUAGUAUACGCGGGUCACGAAACGAAGGCUAUGCUCAAUAACGGGGGACCAAGGUACAAAUGUUCCAAAUUAGAAAAGAAAAUGAACACAGACGUUAUAUGGUGUGUUCUAGUCCUGUUAUUUCUGUGUUGCGCGGGAGCAGUUGGUUGUAAAGUUUGGUUGGACGAGUAUAGUCAGCUGCCUACCAAAAAUACACCGUUCAUACCUAACACAGGCAAACCAGCUUACGAAGGCCUGCUUAUAUUUUGGACGUACAUUAUAAUACUGCAAGUCAUGAUACCAGUAUCUCUUUAUGUAACUAUAGAAAUGACCAAGCUUUUGCAAGUGUACCACAUACAUCAGGACGUUGAGAUGUACGAUGCAGUCACAAACACAAGGACAGAGUGUCGAGCGUUAAACAUAACUGAGGAGUUGGGGCAGAUUAACUAUUUAUUUAGCGACAAGACUGGGACGUUGACUGAAAACAAGAUGGUGUUCAGACGGUGUGCAGUCAGUGGAGUGGACUAUGAUCACCCGCCUGGACCGGAAUGCGAGCCUUCGACCACCCUUCCUCCAAUUGUAACUCCGUUAACCAAAGUGUCACCGAACAGAAGAAUGCUUCAACAUCUACGCGACACCAACGAAGGUCAACAUACACAGAAGGUACGUGAAUUCCUCCUUAUCCUGGCCAUAUGCAACACGGUGGUGGUGAGCCAGCCUCACGUGGACGACAUGCAGCUGUCGGGUGCUAACAACGAUCAGUUCCGCAACCAGAAGGCCUCGCGGUCCAACGGCACCCUCCGAUCGAACGACAAGUACGCUAGAUUAACUGAAUCUCGCUCCACAACGCCGUCGCCGCCGCCUUCCACCACGUCGCCGCUUCGCCUACGCCUGCCCAAACUACCCUUCGGCAGUCGUGACGACAGCUCCUCAGAACCCAGUACAUCCGCUGAAGUGCAGCUUGCGCGGUUUGAAGCUGAAAGCCCGGACGAACUGGCUUUAGCCGAAGCGGCUUUGGCGUAUGGUUACGAGCUACGCGGAAGAUCUCCCGACGAUGUGGAGCUGGGCAUACGCGGCGAGCUGUCGCGGCUGAAGGUGCUCAGGGUACAGGAGUUCGACUCCAAUAGAAAGUGCAUGUCGAUUGCGUUGAGAACUCCUACCGGACAGGUGGUUCUAUACGUGAAAGGUGCCGAUAGCACUGUGCUAGGCGCUUUGGCACCAAUGCGGUCUGGGUCUGCGGAAGCGGCCGCUUACGAGAGGACCAGAUCGCUGCUGUCCGAGUACUCCCGCGCGGGUCUUCGUACGCUGGUCAUGGCCAAACGCACCAUGUCACCCGCGCUAUGGGAAGAGUGGCUGGCUGGACACACGCGCGCCUCUGAAAUCGGUGAAGGUAGAGAAAAACGUAUUCGCGAUUCGUUAGCGAGGUUAGAAAGUGCUCUAACCCUCGUCGGAGCGACUGGCGUGGAGGAUCGUCUCCAGGAGGCCGUGCCAAGAACCGUGCGGGCAUUGCUCGACGCCGGCAUCGUUAUCUGGGUGCUCACUGGUGAUAAGCCUGAAACCGCAAUAAACAUUGCCUAUUCCGCUGCACUUUUCUCCCAGAGCGAUCGGUUGCUGCAUUUGAUGUGUCGAGAUAAAGAACAAGCAGAAUCCACGAUUAAAAGCUACUUGGAAAACGGAGUAGUAGAAGCCGGUAUAGGUCGAGCGCUUGUCGUUGAUGGGAGAACGUUAACCUACAUAUUAGACCGACGUUCGGGGCUCGUGGCACCAUUCCUGUCCUUGGCAAAGCGGUGUUCCGCUGUGCUAUGCUGUAGAGCAACGCCACUGCAGAAAGCCUACAUUGUCAAGGCAGUGAAGGAAGAACUAGGUGUAACGACGCUGGCCAUUGGCGACGGUGCCAAUGAUGUUUCAAUGAUUCAAACAGCCGACGUUGGAGUCGGUCUGUCAGGGCAAGAAGGCCGGCAAGCGGUGAUGGCGUCAGACUUCGCGCUGUCUCGGUUUAAGUUCAUCGAGAGGCUUCUGUUGGUGCACGGCCACUGGUGCUACGACCGCCUCGCCAGGAUGAUCUUAUACUUUUUCCUUAAAAAUGCCACAUUCGUGUUCCUAGUGUUCUGGUAUCAGCUGUACUGCGGGUUCUCGUCAUCAGUGCUGAUCGACCAGAUGCACCUCAUGGCGUAUAACCUCGCCUUCACUGCAUUUCCUCCUAUUGUGAUAGGGGCCUACGAUCGCGUGGCACCGUCGACGCUUCUAACCGAGAGGCCCGGCCUGUACAGCGCGUCGCGAAGAGGUCUCGCAUACCGAGCGCACUCCUACUGGCUAGUGCUAGCCGAGUCCGUAUACAUCAGUGUGGUGAUCUUUUUCACUUGCAAGUGCGCCUAUACUGACACCGACGUGGACAUCUGGCUCUUCGGACUCUGCAACAUGACGUGCUGUCUCGUCAUCAUGCUUGUCUACGUCGCCAUAGAGACCCGCAGCUGGACGGUAAUCCAACUGCUGGCGUUGACGGGGUCGCUGGGAGCGUUCUUCGUGCUGACGCUGCUCUACCAGACGGUUUGCAUUUCGUGCUUCCGGCUGCCCUCCACUUACUACGUCAUGCACCACGCGAUAGCGGAUCCUAUUUACUGGCUAGCGGUCAUACUCACCACCGUGGCGUCGUUAGCACCCAGGUUGGCGUACCACGCUGUGCGGAACUCCGUGCGGCCGGGUGCGUUGGGCCGUGCGGUGCUGGCGCGUCGACGCCGCGCGCGACCGUACGCGGCGCACUACCACACGCCCUCCGCCUCCGCACACGUCUACAGGCCGACAGACGAGGAUGGCCUGCAUAAACCGCAAACGGAGGUGGCGGCAAUCACGUGACACUGGCGAUGACGUCACCCACUCGCUUACAUUUAACCCUAGGCUGUGAUCUGUCGUUAGAACUAAUGUAUUGUAAUAUAUAACGUAGAAUUAGUACUGUGCUUUUAUACAACGCGGGACCAAUGCGUCAGUCGUCGGUAGUACGUGCCGUGCCUUCCAUGUCAUACUAGAUUUAAUGACGAUUAGCAUUUACAUUUUUUUUUGUUAAUUUUUGACCACCAGGGCUUUAAAACCGGUUCCGAAAUAACCGACAUUAUUAUAUUUAAGUUAAAUCUGUUUCGUUUAAACAAAUUCAUUUGGGAACGCUAUAUGCACGCUGAUCAUGUACACGUUAUCAAAGUGACUAAAGAACACGGUCGUGUGCAUCGCCCAGUAAGCAAGAUCGAAAACUAGCGGUCAAUCAACCCAGUCAACACUCAUAAAACGAAGCCGCUUCAGUCGUUUAAUGUUUUUAGUUCCGUACUCUAUUAUGUAAUAUUAUUUAUUUAGUUUUUAAAAUGUACCAUAAACCGGUUUCCUAGCCCUGCUGACCUCAUCAAGUAUACAAACUACAAAAACUAAAGAGGCGACACGUUAUUAUGUCCGGAAUGAAGUUAGCCUUUCUUUGUAACUAUCUCUCUCUUUCUCAUUAAUCAUAUAUUCGCGCUCACUUGUCAUCAUAGCGUGGCGCUACUUUACCAAGUGUGAAAUAUACAAGUCCCCUUAUUCUUUUUUGUAGUUGUUUUGACCGGUUGCCAACCGGUGGGUCGGUUGUGAAACUUGUGAUUAACACUUGGUCGCUAACCCUCCUGCCCGUUGCAGUAUUAUAACAAACUUACUGAUGUUUACAUGUUUAAUGCUAUCUGAAUCUUUGAGUAAUAAACACUACGUAGUUGAGACCCCGUCACAAAUUAUUACGCUGUUACGUUUAGCGGUCUACAGGACUGCUAGCUAGCUAGUUAGAAGUAUAUGACUCUAAAAUUCGUGGUAUCAUGACAAAUCACUUGAAAAAAAAACAUUUAUUAAUAAUGUAUUUCCUUUGUACCUAAAUAUCGAAUAAUCACAUUAUUGUAACCCGGUGACUAGCAGCGUGCGUAGUUGAUUACGUUGGACAAGCCUACGUAUAAAAUUAUUACUCAACGUUUGGAGCAUUAGGGCAAUCAACUAUGUUCGAUAGACCGCUUUGUCGAAAUUCAUUCAGUUCUAUUUAGUCUGUUUAUAUUAUUAAUACGAAAGUCUGAUUGUUUGUUUGUCCUCUCUUUACGCCCUAACUAAGCAAGCAAUAAACUUGAUUUUCGUAUAGAAAUAGUUCUAGUCUAGUUAGUUUCAGAAAAGCAAACCGGUCCCACGGGAUUGGUAAAAAUCUAUAACAAACGCAGAAGAAGAACUAAAAAUAGUAUUGGCAAGGAACACGGUCUCCAAAAUUGACAUUUUCUUUAUCCCUUAAGUUUUUGCUUCAACCUGCUCGUACUCACUUGUGGAUGUUAAUCGCUUGAGCCGACGUACUAUGUAUAAUUUAUCGAGUGUCUGACCCUUGCCAUUCACAUGUUGAAUUACAAAGUUUAACGAACCCAUUCUAUUAGCUAAUACUAGCGAUGGUAACGAUGACUUGUACACUUUUCGUUUAUAUCAUAGCCAAUCGGCUGCUGUUUCUGCACCGGCACAGGCAUAGACCAAUCAGUUUUUUGAUGCAUGACGUCAUAAUUUUAUCACGCUAUCUACCAAUCAUUUCAUUGGUCUAUUUUCUAUUCAUAUUAUUAAUGGCCCUGCAAGUGUUUGCUCCAUUUCGUCUCUGGUUUAAAUGGAGACACAGACUAGGUAGGACGGUCUUUUUGGGAAAACCCGCAGUAAUAAUGAGUUAAAAUAACCGACCGAUACAUCAUGCAUCAGAUUUGUUAUAACGCAUUGAAGGAGCCGGAUAUUUUCCCUAUGAACAAAUAUAAAUAGUUGUCUGAACUAUUUGCCUGCUUCAUCUCUUUCAACAGAAAUGUUCACUUCGUUUUGUCAUAGUUGGAUGCCCUAAUGUACAUUAGCAUUACACCUAUAGGAACAACGUGGUCAGGGUUAAAUAUAUGUAGUUUUAUUUUUUGUUCAUAAAUAACACAUAAACCGCUUACAAUUUAUAAUUCUGUACCAUUUUUUUUUGUUUACUAUUAAAAGGCUGCGGUCAUGUACACUUAGCCUUAAAUUGAGCCUCGAGAGCACCUGCACAAAAUUCUCUAAGAGUUAGGCAUUUCUGCGGAACAAGACGGUAUUUCAAACAUAACUUCCAUAGACAAUACAAACCACUGUCAACAUGACAGUUUGGUAAGAUCACAGACAGGUCGCAGCAAAUUAGCAGCUUAAGCUACUUGACACUGGCAAACUAAAUUGUGCUGUUUUGGCACUACGAAAAGCCAUAAAUCAAAAGCAGAAGAAGAAGAAAUUAGCAGCUGUCAAAAGUAUUGCCGUCUUGCCCCGCGAUGCAAACUUUCCACUAAGGGCGCUGUUACUUCAAUGUGGCAGUUUUAAUAAAAAAAUACACUCGAGGUUCUACGCAGCCUCUUCGGAGAACACUGCGAUAAUUCGUGUUCAUUUAUGUUGAAUGUGUGAUAGAGAUGGUUGUUAUUCGGCUGCACACAAGUCUGAACUGGAAUGACGGGUGCAAAAAUGAUGUUAUCUUUUUCCAUAGAGAACAUUAUGAAAGAGCACUGUUUAAAAAUAAACAGUUCCAUAAUGCGAGCUAAUAAAACACAGGUGUGAAUAUAGCACUAUAUAAAGUUUUUAUUAGUAAAACACGAGCUUUUUAUUACAUAGUUGUGGACUUCCAUUUCUAAACUCAAUGUGUACCUAAAUAAUAAAUUAGUAGAGUUCUUCGCCAUUACACACGACACCAUAGACUAUGUACCUAAGACAUCAAAGUUUCAUUCCAACCUUACUCGAACCGUGAUUUUAGUGAAAUAAAAAUAUUAAAGUACUAUUUUCUGAUGUAAACAAUGCUUGUAUAUUUUUAUUAUAUUAGAGGUGACGUAAAUAAUUUAAAUCAUUCCGAAUUUUCCACAGAUGAGAUUUGUGUGCAGUCAUUGGCACCUGUUUACCCUUGAAUGUUGAGAGUAGUGUAUUUUUGUAUGAGCUCGUAUGAACUAGACAAUCUGGCUUCCUUCGUGUCAUAGCUUAUAGCGUACUUGCCUUUUCAGAGACUGAACGCGUUCAGGCAUUCUCGCCUAGCGCCUUAACUUGUAACUUCUGAAGACUUCGGCUAUUAAUACAAAUAAUUAUUGAGUUGACAAUUGACAAUAAAAAAGUCAGUCUGUUAUAAAUACAAUCGAACCUGGAUUAAAUAGAACUGGAACAGUGAGAAAACUGCGAAGGUUUAGCUUGAGUUCGCUAGGUUCGGUAAUAUUUUUCAUCCGAAGCCCUACGUGAUAUCUGUUUUUAUAGAAGCAGUUUAUUGUGUCACUAUCGUAGAAUUGUAUUCGAUUAUCAAAACACUGUAACAUCAAAGUAUAAUGGAAUUAAUGAUACUAGUACUAUAGAUCUGUAUCCAUGAUUUUACUAGAAAACGUUCCACUAAUUGAAUUUUGCGCACCCGCCAAAAAUUAAGUAGAUAUACCAUAGUUUUCCGCGUUCUUAUUUUGAACUACGUAUUUAAAGCACCUUCAUUUGCUACGCAUCUAUUUAAAUACGAACCUUAAUAAUGAUAUACCUACGUUCAAUUCAGUUUGAUAAUUUCGUAGAUCGCUAUUUAAAUAAAUUUAUUUUCUAUUAGCCAGAUGAUGAUUAAAAUUUCAAUGUAGGUUAUACGAGUAGCUUUUCCACACAAGGGUCAUAUAAAUUCCACUUUUGCGCGCGUGUUUUAAAUCUGUCCAAGUUAGUGGCAUAAAAAACAUUUCGUCAGCGAUGAAAAUACCGAUUCCAUCUGUUCGCCAGGUUCGACUGUAUGAAAAUGUACCAUCAGCUGUUAACGAGUAUCGGCUAUGUGAGCUGUAAAUAACUAAACUGACAGGUAUAAUUAGUUAUUUUCCUUUUCAAACUUUUCCACGAUAAAAGGGAUAGUUUAGUAUAACUCAUUGUAUUAUUGAAUUCUAGCAAAUAAUUUAAGUCAUUAGAACUUUUUCAGAAGUUAUUCGAUUUGGUUCAAGGCCCUGAUUUUCUAUGGAAUUAAAAUCCUAACUGCGCAAGAUUUGCAUUAUGCGAUGUUAAUUUUGAUUGGACUUAAGAUUAGAAUGUGCAUAAUAGAGAAUCCCGGCCUUGGAUGUGAGAAAUAUACUUGUUGUGAUGUGAUAAAAAAUUCACAUUCCGUUUUGUUUAAACCUAUUCUUAUAUACCAUUAUAUUUGUAACCCAAAUUUUAUAAUUGAGUAGUAGUAAUAUAAGGAUGAAACAAUAAUAGCAGGACAUGAACGACUUCCAACGUUCUACGCGUAUUAUCCGCGACUUCGUCCGCGUACAUGACUCACCGCAACGGACAGCCCGCCUGAGCUAUUAGUACGACGUUUGCUCGGUUUCUAAUUUUCCUCGCAAGUUGAGCUACUAAAUCACAAAACAUAACAUACAAAUCCGAGAUAAUGCGAUAAAAGAACGAAAAAGAUUAUAUUACACUCAUUGCAAUUGCAUUUUGUAGAGCCCUAUACGAUCACGUGUUUAGAACGUUUAAGACAAUUUUUUAAUCAAAUAAUUAAAUUAAAGCAAAAAAAAGUACUAAAAACGAACUCACUGUUUUUAUUUUUUUUUGUUUCUUUUAUUUUUGUCAUUUUAUCACAAGUGCUCAAUUGCAAAGGGGUUUGUAUAUUUGGCAAUGUAUCUUUGUAAAUCGUUAUGCCGCCCCUCAGAAACUGACCUAAAAAUAACAUAACAAAGUUGAAUUGAAUUUUACCUUUGAUUGCUUAAAUCUUGAAAAGUUCCGCAUUAUAGUGCUACACUUUUCAAGAUUUAAGCGAUUUAUUUGGUCUUGAAAAAUACUUAUUUUUAUUGUUUGAUAAUUUAUUAAAGAUGUCCGCAAUUUCCAAAAAAAUAAUAUGGCGGACAGCGGGCAGCCGCCUAUUGAUUAUUUAUUUAAGAUAUAUGCAUGGCCGCAAUUUUGAAAAAAAAAAUAUUGCGGCCAGCAAACCAGCCCUGCCAUAUUCAAACCCCUUUUCCAUUACAUUUAGUUACUUGUUCAAAUAAUUUAUACAGUUUAUAAGUAACUCACUCUCUCCUCCUUGCGACUCCUUGCGACUUAUAAAUAUCGUCUUUCGAUUUUUGGUAUAGUAAAAUAAAACACAUCUUUAAUUACUGCAUCCUUUAUUAUUUUCUUUGUGUUACAAUAUAUAAAGUUUAUAAAGAGCAGCGUACAAAAGCUUUUUAACAUAUUAAAAAACAUUACUCUCCUAUUAUAUAGGAUUGUAAUAAAGUGCCUUGUCUACCGCAAGCGACCAGUGUAUUUCUCGCCUACGACUCUGCUUAUGUCUAGGACCCUAGAUGAUUCCUAAAGAUUUGACUAUUUUUAUUAAUACUGUUUCUAGUUGUACAUACAUUAAAAAUACAUAUAUAUAUAUUUCUACAAUGGAUAAUUGUUAUAUGUACAGUAGGAUAUUUUUUAUAUAAAUAAAAUAUUUGUGUAAAUACCUUGUAUGUUCUAAGACUGUUGUUUAUUUUAGAGCUUUUAAUUUGUUGAGUUUAAUUAGACACUAAAUAGGGUAUCGAUGAAAUAUGUAUUUUCCAGUCAUUUUGAUAUUCCGCUGUAAUGUGUGGAACAUCUUGCCAUAUUAUUGAAAAUUAAGAUCUGUUAACAUUUCUUGAAAUAAAAAUUGUUAAUGUCUUUCCAAUGUAACUAAAAAUCACCAAUAAAUUUAAAAUUACUUUAACAUAAACAAUUCACAUUAAAAGUCAUAAUUGAAAUGUGGUGUUCUUUGAUAAUACAACAGUGUUUUGUAAUAAAAAAUUGGCUUAUACUUAAAAAAAAUUAUACCAUUAUUGAAAUGCAAAAUAUAAUAACUUAUAUUUUGUAAUAUCAAAAUGAGGUAGCACUAAAUUCUUACCAAAUGCAGGCCGCGAAAAGUCGAUACAUAUUUUUAAUCUUAGUGCUGCACGAAUCACGGUGUUCGUGUUUACCAAUUUUUAGUACAUUUGAGUGAGAUGGUUUAGAUUGCAACGUCGACUUGUCGCAGGCUAUAAGGCACCUUAAGUGAAAUGCCAAACCCAAGUAGCACAAAGGGUUAACAAGAGUCCUUCGUCUUUACUCACGCGAUCUAGCAAUUAUUCAGCUGAUUUGCUGUUAUCAUCGGAAUCGUCACUAAAUAAUAAACGUCAGUAACUCUCUCGGUCGCUAGUAUUAAGAACAUCACACGCAGCCUUGUACGCUAAAAAGUGAGAGUUUGACAGGUUGAUGAAAAAAAUUACGAUCCGACGACUCAAAAGUUUUGACUCUUCGUGCUUAUUGGAUUAGCGGUCAACGUCAAAUAGUCCAGACUUAGUUUUUUUACUUAGCCGAUCUUUAGGACUAGUUAUUUAUUAAAAACUACUAUACUAUGGCAACAAAAUAUUAUAAUUUUAUGUAUGAUAUGAAUAAACAAAUUUCAACGAAUCAACGCUUAUAUUUAAUAGCAUACAUUAGCGAGUCUUAUUAACCUCAGAUUAUAGAAUUAGGGUAAGUUCAGCUGGUACCACAAGUGUCGUGCGUUUGGAUAUUCAAAAAUGUUAAUAUUGUUGGUUAAAGUUUCUCUAAAAACUUUAAUUUCCAAUUGUACAUGGGUCGGAUAAAGUCAGUGUAGUAUACUGUUUAAAGCAAACGUAUAAGUACUUCAGAAAAUAGAGCGUGCCGCGCGUCACCGCUUUUCUUUUGAACGUUCUAAGAAGCGACAAACGCUGAGCAAUAAAACGAACGUCGCGUUAUUUUCCAAGCGAUAUGAAAAAAUGGCAAGCUUAGUAUAUUUCCUUGUGUUCCGCCGGUCACGCCGCGCGAUAAUUCGUUCGACUGCACGCCAGGAUUGGUUAGCGCGAUACACCAAUAAUACGUUCGUCGCCGGCUGAUGCGGGUCGCGGGAUUACCACUGAUCAUGUUCAUUCAGAAUUACUAUACGCGUGCAGAAA